ACACAUCGAUUUUCCAUAACUAUUAGUAAAACGAUGCCGUCGAGAACAUUCGUAUUACUUUUGACACUUCUUGUGCUCAACAACGCAAUUGCAGGAAAUUCUGACAAUCCUGGAUUCUGGGUUGUCUCCACGUCACCACCGCCUCCCAACCAACAAAAUGUCAACAACGUUUGUGUGACAGGCUUGAAAGAUAAAUUAAAACUUCACGAUGCCCAAAUUAUGGAACUGAAAGCCCAGAUACAAGCAACAAAAGCCGAAUUGCUUGCCUUAACCGAAAGACACCCAGAGCAGAAGAUUUUUUCCCCGCAGGACUGUCAAGAGGUGCUGCGACGCGGCCACAAAGCUUCCGGUAUGUACAAAAUUAAACCUAAAUACUCUCCGGAGGAGUUCUGGGCAUGGUGCGACUUGACAACAAGGGGGGGCGGCUGGACUUACGUUGUCAAUAGGUUUGACGGCUCGGUGGAUUUUUUCCGAAACUGGACCGACUACAAGAUCGGGUUUGGUGAUCCUUCGGGAGAGUUUUGGUUGGGGCUGGAACAUUUGUAUCAUUUAACAGGCGAUAAACGGAAUGAAUUGUUGUUCGAGCUUGAGGAUUGGGGUUUGAAGAAAGUUUACGCAAGGUAUGACGAGUUUAUAAUUGGAAAUGAAGGCGAAGGAUAUCAAAUCAAAGCGGUAGGAAAAUUUGAGGGAGAUGCUGGAGAUUCUUUUUCGCAGCAUGUAAAUAUGAAAUUUUCAACACCAGAUAGGGACCAGGAUACAAAGGAUGAUGAAAACUGCGCUGCCACUCGUCAUGGCUCGUGGUGGUUUCUUAAUUGCUUCUAUGGCUAUCUUACGGGUGAAUAUAUCGGCCCAGGUCUAACCAAAAAUCAUCGUAACAUACACUGGAACUCAUUUCAUGGAUAUGAGUACAGUUUGAAGCAAGUUAGAAUGAUGAUCAGACCGGUGGAUUAAGAGAACUGGAGUGUUUUCAGAAAUGUAUCUUUAUCAUGGCACCACACAAAAAUUAAAAAAAAUUAG